UUGUAUUUCGCUUACAGCUGGGUUUUGAGAUAUAUUUUGAUUGACAAUGGAUGCUACUGCACAACCUGAAAAGGAAAAUCCACCAAUAGGAAAAGAUAACCCACCACCAGAGGAAGAAAAUACAACAACAGACAAACAGAACACACUUUCAGAUGAUAAAAACGCUGUUGACCCCAGACUGAAAGAUUGGAACAAGGAUGAAAUCUAUGAGCUUCUGCAAGCAAUCAAAGUGUUUGGUUCUCAAAAUGUUACAUGCAUAUCACAAAGUAUCUCAACUAAAACAGAACAACAUAUAAAAGAUGCCAUUGCAUGCUACAAAGAAAGAGCAGUCUCUAAACAAAAUCCCCUUAAAAGAAAAAUUUGGAGCUCAAAAAGACAUGGCAACAGGCCACCUACACCACUAAUAAGUUGGGCCAAGUUUUUACAAGAUUCUCUUAGCUUCAAGGACCUACAUACUGAAACGGCCACUGCUCUGAGAAUAAUUGCAGAAUUUGACAACAUACCCGCAGCUACACACACUGAAAACAUCAAUUUUAGAACCAUAUACCAUUCUAUAGCUAAUGCCAUGGAGGGUAAGGCAAUAGCGGACAAUGGGCCAAUGGUUACCAUUCUCAACAAGUGUAUUGUUGAUACUGCUUUAACCAGCAAAGCAUUCAUGCGUUUAGGAACAUUGCAAAAUGUUGUUGAAUUGAUUGACAUGUCUGACAAACCAUGUGUGUUGCCGCGGCCCACAGACAAUUUUGAAUUGGCAACCUUGAGGCAUUUGGCAUCACAAAGAACAUACAAUCCUCUAGGCAUCCCUGAGCAAUAUCUUAAGCCAAAUUAAUUUAAUUGAGGUGUA